AUGAAGACUAAUAUUGAAUCAACUAGGGAGGAAAGAUGGCUAAGAUCAACGACGAUCGGAUCCGAAGUGGCCAUUGGUCGCUACGAUCUGUUGGGGGAGAGUUGUUGGCUCACGUUAUGGCUGGUUGGUAGAGAUAUGGUGCCCACGAGUGGCGAGGCUAGGCUGGAGGGUCGUGGUGCACGCGGUGGCCAUGCUCGGUUAGAGGGCAUGUGCACGAAGCGGGCCGACAAAAGGGAACACGUGUGUGCUAUGUCCGGCAUUAGGGGCGUGCGUGCUGGGGGCCGGGCGGGUGUUGGCGCCUGGGGCUGGAAGGCAAGGGUAUACAUGUUAGGGCCGAUCGAGGCAUCGUGCAUUAGGGCUGGGAGAGGCAUUGUCGCGCACCUGGGCGGGGCCUGGCAGCGCAAGAGGAGAAGCUCUGUUAGAGCGCACAAGAGGGCUAUGGCUUCGCUCACUGGGCCGCGGAUGGGUGGCGCGAGAGAGAGAGCCCGAAAGAGAGGGGCUAUGCGUGGUGUUGCAAGCGUGGAGAGGGUUGGUUAUGCGAGAGAAAGGAGGAGGCAGUGGGCGUGUGGGCAUUGGUGGCUAUGUGUAUGGGCGAAAGGGCGUAGGCGGUUGAAGUUUUUGGCGUGA